AUGGAGUACCCCUCGGUUCCAGACUUCGACUCUCUCCCCCCUGUCAAGGGCAUACGCAAGGGCUGCGCAUGGGGGGUUUUCGACAAGGACGGCAAGAAAGAUUACUUAGGAUGCCUUAACUUUCUGACUCCAUCUGUGGUCCAGGAAGCUUACAGGGAAGCCUACGACGGCUUCUCUGUUUCUCUCAACUGGCCCAUGGGCGCCCUAUUCAAGCCAGGCUUCCACAGAAAAGGCCUGAAGCACAAGGUUUUGUCAAAAGACUGCCCUGGCGGCCAUCAUGGCUUUGACGAUGAGGUUGAAUUCAAUACUCAGUGUUCGUCUCAGUGGGAUUCCUUGGUUCAUUAUCAACACCAGAAAACCCAAACCAGCUAUAAUGGAUUUAAGCCCACUGUGAAGAGUCUCGAGCAGCCAUCUGCAAAUAAAGAAGAGUCAUGCCAGCUUCCUACCCUCGAUCACUGGCACGGCCGCGGCGGCCUUGUUGGUCGGGGUGUCUUGCUCGAUUACCGUGCAUACUCGCAAGCCAUGGGCGUUGGCUUCAGCUGUUUUGAUGAUAAACGCAUCACUGUUGAAGAAUUAGAGAAAACGGCGAAACACCAGGGAACGGUUCUGAAGCAUGGGGAUAUUCUCAUCAUACGAACAGGUUUUACCGAGGAUAUUUCUUCAAUUAACACCCCUGAGGCACAGGUGGAAGCCCUUGCGACACACAGGGCUGUUGGGGUGGACGGCAACGAACAAACGGCAAGGUGGUUUUGGAACAAGCGCUUCUCAGCGGUUGCUAGCGAUGCAAUUGCAUUUGAGGCUCUUCCACCUCUAAGAGAGGACGGGAGCGAGGGAGAAAUCCAUGAACUAGUUCUUCAUCAGUAUUUUCUGUCUCUCUUUGGGCUACAUAUCGGUGAGCUCUGGGAUUUGAGGGAGUUAUCUGCAAAAUGCAAGGAGCUGGGCCGAUAUUCGUUUUUGCUCACAAGCGUGCCUCUCAACGUUCCGGGAAGCGUAGGGAGCCCACCGAAUGCGUUGGCCCUCUUUUAG